GGUUUUUCAUUUUGAACCAACAACCAUCUCUCUCUAUGCCGCAGCUUGGAGCUAGUUGAACUCAGAAUCAUAUGAUUGCCCUUUAAUUUCACCAAACAACAAAAAAGAAGGAUUCAUUUGGAUCAGGAAAUUUGUAAGAGAAAUCGACAAUGGAAUUGAGUAACAAUAGAGAUGGUGGCGUAUCUGGAGAUGAAUUGACUUCUCCAGAUGGUAGUUCAGAAAGGAGGCAUAAAUUCAGUGUCAAUCAAAUUCAUGAGCUUGAAAGUGUAUUCAAAGUAAGUUCACAUCCUGACGAAAAAACAAAACAAGAGCUCGCAACAAAAUUUUCCGUGGACAAAAAACAAGUGCAAUUUUGGUUCCAAAAUAAACGAUCCAUAUCGAAGACGCAAUCGGAACGAUAUAAUAAGAGAGUGUUGCAACAAGAAAAUGAAAAACUUCGCACAGAGUAUGCUGCAAUGAGGGAAGUCAUGAAAAAAUCAAUUUGUGAUCCGUGUCGUAAUAAAGAUACUACUAUAAGGAACGAAAAUGUCGAUGAGAAGGAAAUAUUGAAUGAGCAUGCCCGCCUAAAAGAUGAACUUGCAAGGAUUGCUAUCCAUGCUGACAAAUCUUUGGGAUCUUCUUCAUUUUUAGAGGGAUCAUUAACAUCCAUGAUGGAAAAAUUUGGGUUAGAAUUAAAUGAGGUUGAUUUUGGAAAAUAUCUAUCAAGUCCUCUACCUACAAACUUAGAUGUAACACUUGAUAAAUCAAUGUUACUAAAUCUUGCUUUGGAUGCCUUGAAUGAGUUGCUUAAGUUGGCAAUGAGUGAUGAACCUUUAUGGGUUAGAAACUUGGAUGGAGGUGGGGAAAUGUUGAAUAUGGAAGAAUAUGCUACAACUUUUAUUCCAAUUAUUGGCAUAAAACCUAGCCAUUUCACAACAGAAGCUACAAGGUCAUCUGGUACAGUGGUUGGCAACAGUUUGACAUUGGUAGAGAUGUUGAUGAAUGAGAGUCAAUGGGUAGAGGCGUUUCCAUGCAUUAUUGGUAAAGUUAAUACUUUUGAUGUUAUUUCUACUGGCAUAGGUGAAGGCAAGAGUGGUACUCUGUUAUUGAUUGAAGCUGAAUUACAAAUUAUUUCAAAUGUGGUUCCUGUCCGUGAAAUAAAAUUUCUACGUUUUUGUCAAAAACAUGCUGAAGAUAGUUGGAUUAUUGUGGAUGUAUCUGUCGAUACAAUCAAAGAAGGCUCACAACAAUAUAAAAUUGAAAAAUGUCGAAGGCUCCCUUCUGGUUGCAUUAUUCAAGAUAUGUCCAAUGGUUACUCUAAGGUUACUUGGAUUGAGCAUAUGGAAUAUGAUGAAAUUUUUGUUGAUCAUUUGUAUCGCCCUUUAAUCAGAGCCGGUCUAGGAUUCGGCGCACAAAGGUGGAUGUCCUCUUUGCAAAGGCAAUCUGAGUUGUUGAGAGUAAUGGCAUCAUUUGUCAAUUCCACUGUUGAUCCAAAGGGGGAGAUAGGGAUGGGAAUAUUGUCUCAACGCAUGACGCGUAGUUUUUGUGCGGUAAUUUGCGCAACCUCUCACAAGUGGAUAACAAUUCAAAAAGAAAAUGGAAAAGAUGCAAAUCUGAUGAUGAGGAGGAAUAUUAGUGACGCUGGUGAACCUAUCGGUGUGAUUUUAAGUGCCACAAAGACGAUCCAGUUACCGAUAAAAUCACAAUGUUUAUUUCAGUUCUUCACUAAUAAAAAUUUGAGGAGGCAAUGGGAUAUCUUAUCCUGUAGUGGUGCCAUGGAAAAUAUUAUCCAUAUUAACAAGGAUGAAAAUCUUGAGAGUAGUGUCUCUCUACUGUGUGCUAAUGGGGGUGCUAAUGAAAAUAACAUGAUGAUAUUUCAAGAUACUUGCACGGAUGCGACAGGUUCUCUUUUAGUCUAUGCAAUAGUUGAUUCUUCAAAAAUGAACACAGUGAUGAAAGGAGGGGACCCUUCUUGUGUGGAGCUCUUGCCCAAUGGAAUUUCAAUCCUUCCUGAUUUAUCUGCAAAUAAUAACAAGGAAUUUGGUAGUGGAUCACUGGUGACCAUCAUGUUUCAAAUGUUGGUCGACAAUAUCUCCACAGCAGAUCUUCCACAGAAGUCAAUCGUAGACGCAAAUGACAUUAUCUCGCAUACCAUUCAUAAGAUUAAAAGUGCUCUCUUAAUUUGAUUCAUAGAAUUAAGACGGAUAUUCAAUAUCAAACUUGUGUGUCAAAACCUACAUAACAAAUAAACUUGUUUGGUAUCAACUCGGUUUCUUUACAGAUUAAGAGCUAGCUCUUUAUGUGUGUGUGUUUUUCGAAUGAUGAGAUAUUUUGUAUCGUUCUUGUUUUUUUGUCUAGAGUCUUGAAUAACAUUACAAUGUUUUUAAUGUCAGUAAUAGUAUACAUGACAGUAUUGUAUUAUGUUAUUUUGAGUUUAUGUAGGAACUAUCUUUUUGAUGAUUUA